GAAGAAGGAGUGCCCGCUGUUACCAAACCAAACACAUCGGCUGCUGCUGGAGAGGACUUCGCCGUGAAUCAGACAGAAAUCAGACAGACUGCAGUCACCCUCCACAGGAUGAGCGGCAUACGGACCAUCCUGAGUACCGUUGGGGUGGUGGUCGUGAUGGGGGUCGGCUUUGGGAUGUGGUCCUUGAUCGCUCCAGGAGAAGACAGGAGGAGAGAGCUGCUCAAGAAUCUGCCUGAGUCAAACCCGGUCCGAAUGGAAGAGACGAGAAGGAGGAAUGCUCUGGUGAUGCAGGUGCUGAAGGAAGCAGCUGAGACUAAUGACAACAUCGCAAGAAGAAUCGGAGGAUCUGGGAAAUAGACUGAUUUUCAUUUAUUGAUUACCGCUGGCAUUCAGGCCUACGACCUGUUUAAAUAAAGAUGGACAUUAUUAUUUUUUGUCUAACUUGCAGCUUUAAUGUCUGCAUUUAUGUGAAUAAUUUGCCACUGAAUGUUAAGAUUGUUCUCUCAACCCAAACACAUCUUUUCAGUUUUAUUGGAAGCUCAGUGAUGAUCAGGUUAUGAACAGUGUUCACACAUGAGGUUUAAAGACAGGUGAUUUUUAUUGUAUUUUUUAUUUCCUCCAAAUCCCAUAAAAAGACUAAAACAUGAA